AUAUAAAGAGCAAAGAAGGGUGACAUGAGUGGUUUGUGAAGAGGCGAGAUGUGAAGACACAUCGCCAACUCACAGGAGGCUGAUUUUUGUAGAAAUAUUUCUCAAAAAGCCUUCAACAUCACAAACAUGUCUAGAGCUGGUGAGGGACUGAACCUUGUGCUCCUGGGGAAGAGUGGUGUGGGGAAGAGCUCGUGUGGGAACACCAUCCUGGGGAAGCAAGUCUUCCAGACCCGUCCACCCUCCUCCCCUGAACCCGUAACUCUGAAACCACAAAUUGCCCGAGGAGUGGUCGGUGGCAGAGAUGUGGUCGUCAUCGACACCCCAGACCUGUUUGGCUCCAAAGUUAGCCAAGAGGUGCUACAGAAACAGAUGGUUUCCAUCGCCACAGAGACAACUCCAGGGCCUUGUGUGUUUUUACUGGUGCUAACCCCAGCUGAUGUUGGUCGCAACCUUGAAGAGACACUUGCAACUAUUAGGGCGACUUUUGGAGAAAAAGCAGAAGAUUCCUCUCUUGCUAUUAUCACACACGGUGACCAAAAGGAAACAGCUGCAGAGAACUUCCCAGAGGCAAUUAGGCCAAAAGUGCACAUUUUCGACAACACAAAACACCAAGACAGAAAGCAAGUUCAACACCUUUUGUCUAAAAUGGAGGGACUAACAGAGAAAAAUAAUGGUUUCUAUCUCAGGCAGAUUCUCAAAACUGCACCACCUGUUCAGAAAAAACCUCGAACAAAGUUUGCGCAUAAUUUGUCUGAACCCACAGCAGGGCAAAGGCAGGAACCUGCAGAGAGACAGGAGCCUGAAAGUGUGGAGACACCUCCUCGGUUUUCAUCAAAACUCAACACAUGGCUUGAAAGAGAGAAAAAACAAACAGUGGACUGUGUGAGGCUGGUCCUGAUUGGAAAGACUGGAGUUGGAAAGAGUGCCACAGGAAACACCAUCCUCGGGAAGAAGGAAUUCUUAUCCUCUGCUUUAAUGGGGUCUGUCACAACAAAAUGUAAGAGAAGGUCAGCAGUAGUUGGUUCAAAAAUGGUGCAGGUCAUUGACACCCCAGGUCUGUUUGACACCGCAGUCUCAAAUGAGAAUAUACGGGAGGAGAUUGGAAAAUGCAUCACCAUGUCCUCACCAGGACCACAUGUGUUCCUGCUUCUGAUCUCUGUAGGACGCUUCACCCAAGAGGAGAGAGACACAGUGAAGAUGAUCCAGGAGAUCUUUGGUGAGUAUUCGAAAGCAUACACAAUGGUAGGAUUCACCAAAGGAGAGGAACUGAAGGAAGAGGGCAUUGCCAUGAAGACAUACAUUGAAAAAAGCCCAGCUGCUUUAAAGGAGCUCAUGGAGGACUGUGGUGGUCGGUACCAUGUCUUCUGUAACAAGGACAAAGAGACUCGGGAACAACAGGUCUUAUCUCUCCUCAAGAAGAUUGACGGGAUGAUUCAACAAAAUGGAGGAAGCUUCUACACCACCGCCAUGUUUGAGGAGACAGAAGCAAAGAUCAGAGCAAGAGAGAUGAGACUGCUACAGCAGAGAAUGGAGGAACUAGAGCAUGCAAAUGAAGACAAAGACGUCUCUUUUUUGGUCAAUGAAUUAUCCAAGAUCAAGCUGGCACUGGAGAGGAAGCUCAGGAACCUGCGUGAUGAAGCUGUCAAGGAGAGAGACGAAGACAUGAAGAAACUCGAAGAGAUUCGAGCCGACCUGGAGAAGAACCACCAGAAGAAGAUCAAGGAAAUAGAUGGCAAAAUUUUCACUGACCUUGCCAGAAGUCGUGAUAGCAUUCGCAGACAAGCGGAGAAAGCUGAAGCGAAAGCCAUGGCUAAGACCUUACAGCACAACCAGCAAAAAUGCACUAUAUCUUAAGAAUAGUCUGAAAGGACACUCACAAGAACAACCACAUCAAAACACUUGUUAUUUGUGGGAUAAUAUAAUAUAAUAAAUAUAAGUGGGAAAUUCUCUGUUUCUGUUUGCUCACAGCCACUGUUGCAUUGCCUGCUCUCUCUCUCUCUCUCUCUCACCAUCUCACUGACAUACUGUCACAUAAUGUUUUGGCCGUGUGUUAUUUUAUUUUAAUUUUAAUGUGUUUAAUCAGUCAAGACAGUUAAAAGAGCGAGAAAGAGGGUGGAAUUGGGAAUUGACCCAGAUUGGACUCAAAGCCUGUUCCCCAUAGACACUUAAACCCAAAUGUGGUGGUGUGGACGCUGUAGCCACCUGCGCCACAGCGGCUCCCUGUGUUGCUCUUUUAACCGGUGUUGUGUUGACUCUCAGACAUGGGCCUGAACCCACAAGCUUGCAGCACUUCAGAAUGGGAUUGUGUGCUACUGCUAGCUGGUAUUCACAGUAUCUGUUGUGUGUAAGUGUGCUUUGUGUUAGUGUAACCAUAAGAUGUGUACAUCCUUCCUUUCUUGCAUUCUAAAGCCAAUAAAGCAUUUUUCCUGA